AUGUCGGUCGUCGACAGCGAGUACGACGGCGUCGCGCAUGUGAUCACCGAUAACCACUAUCUGCGCGACUAUCACAGGUCGGCGGAAAAGCAGCAGCAGCAGCAGCAGACCGUAGGAGUUGUCGCCGGAAACGCCGAGCCACCCAUUGCAGCCAGACCGGAAGUGCGGCAGGCCCAUCAACCAAUGGCUCCGCCGGCCCUGCAACAGUCACAGCUUCAGCAGCAGCCCAACGGUGGCGAUGUAGGUUUCGUCUCGGUGUCGUCUCGGAAGCACAGGAAACUCCAAGACGUGUUCCGCGACAAAAGCGUUCAAGAAAAAUGUAUAAUUGCCUUCAUCGCAGUGCUGGGCUUCACCGGUUUGGUGCUGACGGUCAUAAAAAUUCGAGGAGGUGUUAUAAACAGGACGUGUACGAGUGAUGAGUGUCUAACAUCAGCCGAAUCUAUUAUGAGGUCGAUAAAUGUGGACGUUGAACCUUGCGACAAUUUUUACGAAUUCGCGUGCGGAAAAUGGCACUUCAGCCAUCAGCUGGAAGCCGGAAAGCCCAACAAUUGGUUCGUCGAAAGAUCGCGACUCAUUGCUGCAACAGUAACGAAGAUAUUAGAAGAACCGGACCUUGAAAGCGAUCUGAAGUCGAUAAAACAAGCGAGAAAUCUUUAUAGGACGUGUCUGGAUACAGACACAUUAAACAAUUUGGGAUACGAACCGGUCUUUGAGUUCCUGGAAAAAGUUGGACUGCCGAGGAAUUUUCCGGACUUUACGACUACCUCAUACCUCAACGGGUCCGUGUUUAACGUGGCGAGAAGCCUGGCACUGAUUGAGCGGUACCUUGGAGUCGAUCUCAUGUUGCAACUGUCCGUGGAACUAAACCCGAAAACCAACCGAACGAUCAUCACUGUUGGGCCCGUGACGAACAUAGUUGCGCCAUUGCCUGAACCACUGUUGGACCACCGCCGCAACCGAGUCGGUGGCCAGAUACCUCGUGACGUCUCUUCCUCUGACAAAGAGGAGGAAACCUCUCGAUUAGUCCUAGCCAAAGUCCAAUACAUGGUCGGUGUCAUCACAAGUAUGUUCCCUCACGAAUUUUUCAACAUCUCCUCGCUGAACCGAAUUUGCCUCAAAAUCAUCGUUUUGGAAGUGACGUUAAAGAAAAAUUUAGACUUGGAAAAAAAACCGGAAGAAAUUACAACCAGAAACCUAAAUGAGUACAUGCAUUCGAACACGUCAGAUUCACUUGAUGAGAAAUUGUUCGACUGGGAAUCGUUUAUCGAUCAUUUUACCUUGGAAACAAAUUUCACAUGGACGAUGGACGAUAUAGUGCUGGUCCGGGAUAAGGAUUAUUUUUUGGAACUCCAAUGGAGGUUAUCAGACACACCUCUAGAAGAAAUUCAACAAUUUCUGUGGUGGAAAAUCGUGGAGGCUUUAGUUCCACACACCACUAAGCAGAUGACAGACCUGACAACGAAAUUUACCUCUACAGCAAUACCAUUGUCGCUAAAAAUGAACAGGCAACAGUUUUGUACGUCAGUGGCCAGGUAUUUCGUGAAGGGCCCCAUUGCCUAUGAGUUCUACGUCCGCGACAACCUGAAAGAGACUACGUCGAAGAUCCAAAUGAUGAUCAAACAACUACAAGGUGCGUUCAGUGACAUGAUAAGUGAAUCCGAUUGGACGGAUGAGGCCACAAAAAAAGUGACUACCCUAAAGGCGAACGCCAUGAGAGUCGGAGUCGGUUAUCCGACAAUAUUUGAAACGCCGGACGAGUUGGAAAAAGACUACGACUACGUUAUAGUCAAAGAUGGCCAGUACAUUCAGUCCAUGUUGGACAUUAAAUCCUACGAAGUCGCUUUCGUGCUGGGAAAGGUGGGGGAACAGAUCACCGAGGAGGAUGAAUCAAGUCCGAAGACAGUCUUGACGGACCCAUUGGAAGUCAAUGCGUAUUACAAUCGAAUGGACAAUUCCAUCAACAUUCCGUCCGGAAUUUUACAGAUGCCGUUUUUCUACAAGGGAGUCGAUGUCGUAAACUACGGUGCCAUCGGUACGAUCCUCGGACACGAAAUCUCGCACGGAUUCGACAUCGAAGGUAAAGACUACGAUAUCCACGGCAAGAAGACGUCGCAAUGGUCGCAAAACGCGGUGAAAGAGUACUUGAAGCGGGCGCAGUGUUUCAUCGAACAGUACGAUCAGUUCGUGUUGGACACAGACAGCAAUCUAAACGGCACUCACACUUUAGCCGAAAACAUGGCCGACAACGUGGGACUGAAGCAGUCGUGGAGGGCGUACAAAUCGCACAACAUCGGCGAAGAAUUCCGUCUGGCAGGACUCAAGGAAUACUCCAACGACCAGCUGUUCUUCUUGUCCUACGCGAACGUGUGGUGCCAAAAUCCGGAGGAUGCGAAAUCCGAAAAGAAAGACAUUUUGGGCAACGACGAGCACAGCCCUAGCUUCGCCCGGGUGUUGGGUUCGUUGAGAAACAGUCCUGAAUUUGCGGAAGUUUGGAAAUGUCCGGUCGGAAGUCCCAUGAACCCCUCCAAUAAAUGCUCUAUGUGGUGA